CGGGACGGCUACGCAACGUGAACGAAUAGGCGUGUGCUGACUGGCAUGCGACCCGCGCGAUCCACCUGCGUACCCUAUGAGAUAGGGUUCACGAAUGGGUUACUGCGCUAUAAGAGGUUCAUGGGUACACCUGCCAUCUUCAUUCCCGCUUCCCAGGUUCCUCUGCCCAUCGCACAUCCCGUAAUCACUAGCACCAUAUCCAAGAUAUGUCUACUACCACCACCAUCGUCAAGAAGGAGAUGCCAUAUGUGCGCCUCGGCAAGUCCGGUUUAAAGGUGUCCAAGCUCAUUCUGGGAUGCAUGUCGUAUGGGACGCCCAAAUGGCAAGGCUGGGUCCUCGAAGAAGAGGAAGCGAUCAAGCACAUCAAGGCUGCAUACGAUGCUGGUAUCAACACCUUCGACACCGCGAACGUUUACUCGCAUGGGUUGUCGGAGGAGAUCCUCGGACGCGCGAUCAAGCAGCUUAACCUGCCUCGCGGCGAGAUCGUUGUGAUGACCAAGGUCUUCUUCACCGUCGCGCGGUCGUACGAGGAGGACACAGUGUUCAGCGACGUCGACAAAAUGGGCUACGUCAACCAACAUGGGCUGAGCCGCAAGCAUAUCUUCGACUCGGUCAAGGCGUCGUUGAAGAGGCUGCAACUGGACUACAUCGACGUGCUCCAGUGCCACCGCUUCGACUCCCAGACGCCGAUCGAAGAGACGAUGCAGGCGCUGCACGACGUUGUCAAAGCCGGUUAUGUGCGCUACAUCGGCAUGAGCUCGUGCUGGGCUUGGCAGUUCAGCGUCAUGCAGAACUACGCGAUCACCCACAACCUCACGCCCUUCGUGUCGAUGCAGAACCACCACUCGGUCAUCUACCGCGAGGAGGAGCGCGAGAUGUUCCCGACGCUGAAGCAUUUCGGCGUCGGUAUCAUCCCCUGGUCCCCGCUCGCGCGCGGGCUCGUGUGUCGCCCGCUGAACGCGACCACCAAGCGUAAGGAGACCGACCCAUGGCAAAACGGCUACCUCGGGUACGGGGCCGAAGAAGUCAUCACGCGGAUCGAAGAGAUCGCGAACAAGCGCGGUAUCACGAUGGCACAGGUCGCCGUCGCGUGGAGCAUGGGCAAGGAGGGCGUCACAGCCCCGAUCGUCGGUACCACCAGCCUCAAAAACCUCGAGGAUCUCGUCGCCGCGACCAAGAUCACCCUGACCGAGGAGGAGGUGAAACGCCUCGAGGAGCCAUACCAACCCCGCCCGGUGUCCGGGCACUCGUGAACAGCGCACGCAUCAGCUGUACGCGGUACUUUUUUUGUACUAGUAGCUUCCUGAAAACGCGUCUGAGCUUCGGCGGGGAAUGCCCGGAGAGCCAAAAGCAAUGUUUGUACAAUACGCCCAGUGUCGUUCGUGAGGGCCCGCGUGCUCUGGAUAUUGUAGAGCACUACAUAGCGAGAUCUUCGCCUACUG